AUGCAAAUAUGAUACGAACCCCAUCUACCAUGAUUGCUGCCGGAAAAUUUGUUCCCAUGGUGUACAAGCGGAGCCUUGUGACACCCAUGGCGAUACUCGGUGGGUUGUUUUACUCGGAAAGCAACCGUUUGGCCGAUCAAAUGGCGGCUGGAAAAUUGCACUACAAGGAUGCGAACAGCGAGUUGAACAAAAGCAUGAAAAUCCAGUUUUCAAGACCCGAACCCCAAUAUCCCGGCCACGUUCCGCUUUACACGCUAGAAAGGAUUCUUAUGUUCCUUGGAUCGUCAGUGGGAUCGUAUUUUCAUCCCGAGAGAAACGAGUUUAUUGUGGGCCUUGGAGAGUCUACCGCAUUGCCAGUAGUCCUCAGGCAUAUCCAAAAAACCAUGUUGUCAGACCCCAUAGGAAGACAGAUUCUUAAGGAGAAACCCCGGAUUACCUCCACUUCUCUUGACUUGGACUAUUUGCGGGCAUUACCUCCAAACACCAUUGGUCACACCUAUAUCAAAUGGCUUGAUAGAGAAGGCGUGAGUCCCGACACCCGUGUGGCCGUCAAGUUCAUCAACGACCCCGAAUUGGCUUACAUUUACCAGAGAUACAGAGAAUGCCAUGACUUUUAUCAUGCUGUCACCGGGUUGCCCAUCAUCAUCGAAGGAGAAAUUGCUGUCAAAGUGUUUGAAUUCAUGAACAUUGGCAUUCCCAUGAGCGGGUUGGGGGCGCUAUUUGCUCCCUUACGGCUCAAACCCAGUCAGAAAGAACGACUUUUCAAUAUCUAUUAUCCUUGGGCCAUUCGCACUGGGGUCAACUCCAGGCCUCUUAUGAAUGUAUAUUGGGAACACAUGUUGGAAAAAGAUAUGGAUGAGUUCAGAACAGAAAUGAACAUUGAGCAGCCUCCCGACUUGCGUAUACUUCGGAAAGAGUACUUUGAGAAGUUAAAGAGGAAAAAGUUGAUCAUGUGAUGAAUGUAUAUAAGUUGUAGUUUCAGGUAGCUAAAGCCGCACUGUUGAUACAAAUAAAUUGUUACGAUUUCGUUUUGUUGCUGUGAAUAAUGUCUUCCUUGUUGUACAAGUACUUCUUGAAGAAAGUAUGUAUCGUAUCUAUCUGCUAUGUGUUGUGGCCCACCUAUUAACCUUCAGACCAAUUUGGAUUCGGUCUUCACUGUGGGAGGUGACCCCAAUAAUAGUGACCCAUAUUUUGAAGAAAUCCCCCCAAACGAAUUGCAUUUCUACCAGAAAAAAGGGGCUCGGAGAAAGAGAAAGUUACCAGAUUUCAUCCCCAAACAUGACCUAAAUGUAUUGGAUUCCGUCAAAAGAAAGGCUUAUAGACUCGAUUUACAGUUGAGUAUGUGUGGAUUGCGUCUUGGAUGGGCAGGAGUCAUUGGAUUGAUUCCAUGGAUCGGUGACUGUAUCUCCUUGUUCUUUGCUUUGCAAUUGAUCAAAAAGGCCGAUGAAAUAGAAGGUGGUGUCCCCAUAGCAGUCAAACUGAAAAUGAUGUCGAACUUGAUAUUUGACUUUAUAAUGGGACUCAUUCCGUUAUUGGGCGACUUUAUGAACAUCUUGUACAAGUGCAACUCACGUAACUUCAUUCUCUUGGAGAAGUAUCUCGUGGAGAAGCAUUCCCCGAAUCACCACGGGUCUAAAAUGGAAAACAUGAACAAAAAGCAGCUCCAGGCCUUGGAGGACUCGGGUAUGGAGCACGGUGAGGGUCCUGAGAAAACCCGAGCUGAUGACCUAGUUUAGUGUAAUAUACAGCCAUUGGCCAUCUAUUGUCGGGAAAACUGGGUUUCGAGUCGAGACACCCGAACCUUGAAAUCAUCCACAAACCCCUUCAAUUGGUCCAACUUCAUAAAUUCCAACUCCAACUUGUCACAUUCUACUAGUAGCUUGUCGAUUUGAGCCAUCUCCAUGUCGAGUUUCAACUGUUGUUGCAAGUAGUCUCUCUUUAUUAGCAGCUCUUUCUGGCUGACCGACUCAAAAGUGAUAUCCGAAAGGCUUUUGACAUGGUCAUUAAUCUUAUAUAUGAGAUAGUCGUAGCUCAAGGCCAACUGUUUCAAUCCCAUUGGAUCCUCUUCCUCACUGUCUGCAACCAUUAUGCCAAUUAUUUGCAAUCGGUUCACUGAAGAUGCUCA